CCUCUCACAAUAUGGCGGAGGCGCAGACGUGUCGUUUGUGCUACCUGUUUAUGACGGAGGCCAGAGCGCAAGAACACGUUGACGGAAGCCUUAGUUUUUAAUCUAGCUUUACAUAUUUGAGAAUACCUCGAAUUAUUAUUAAUGUUAUACACGUUUAAACUGUUCAGUGUGAGAUAAAACAGCCAUGAGCGUAUUUUCUUUGAUAACAUUACUCAUGUCACUCAGCUUUUAUUUUUGAAAUUUCUUAGCGGAAGUGCUCAUUUCGUUGUCUGAUUCGCAGAAGCGAAAAGCGCAUGCGCGUACCGUUGACAGCCGCCGGUUGGUGUUCCAGUUGUGUUGUAGACUCAGGGCAUAUGUAGACCAGAGGCCAGCACAUCAGUUUACCUCCACAGACCGCUGACCUGCACCCAGCUGAGGAGGUCAGAGAAACGAACCGAGAGGAAUCACAGUGAUUGAUGACGAAGUGGACUGAUAGGAGAUGUGUGCCGCUAUCUACAUCGUGUCUACAGUGACGGGGUAUGUGCUCACCUCCGCCCUGCUGCUCAAAUGUCCAACUCUUCUGCACCGGAGGAAGAGGGAGAGGUUCGUCAGCAAGCACAUAUCCCAUCGUGGAGGCGCUGGAGAAAACCUGGAGAACACCAUGGCAGCUUUCAAACAUGCUGUGGAUCUCGGCACAGACAUGCUGGAGCUGGAUUGCCACCUGACGAAGGAUGAACAGGUUGUGGUCUCACAUGAUGGUAACUUGAAGAGGGUUUGUGGCAUCAAUGCUAAUAUCAGCGACCUGACAUAUGCUGAGCUUCCCCCAUAUCUCUGCAAGCUAGGUGUAACUUUUCAAAGGGAGUGUUUCUGCGAGGGCGGUGAGGACAAACGCAUCCCACUCCUCAGGGAUGUCUUUGAUGCCUUCCCAAACACUCCCAUCAACAUCGACAUCAAGGUCAACAACGACACACUCAUUAAGAAGGUUUCUGAGCUGAUCAUGAAGUACGACAGAGAGGAACUGACUGUGUGGGGCAACUCCAGGAACCAUAUUGUCAAAAAAUGUUACAAGGAGAAUCCCCAUAUUCCAGUUUUGUUCAGUUUUCCCAGGGUGCUGCACCUUCUUGGGCUCUUCUACACAGGCCUCCUGCCCUUUGUGCCCUUGAAGGAGCAGUUUCUGGAGAUCCCCAUGCCCUCCCUGCUAACUAAACUAGAAGAUCCCAGCAGAUUAACGCGGAGUCAGCGGUUGAUUGCCUGGCUUGCAGACACUUUGCUGAUGAGGAAAGCUCUUUUCCAACAUUUAACUGCCAGAGGAAUACAGGUGUACAUUUGGGUGCUGAAUGAUGAGGAAGAUUUCCAAAGGGCGUUUGACCUGGGAGCCACAGGCGUGAUGACAGAUUUUCCCACCAGGCUCAAAGAGUUUAUGGAGAGGAAUGGCAUUUCUAAACCCCAGUGACCUGCCAAUUCCUACCUCCUCCUGUCUUCACGGUCAUUAUCCUUCAAGCUCGCUGACCUGCCAAACAAGCUCCCCACAUUCACCCACUUUUACUGCACGCAUUCCUGCAGCCCUACUUCCACAGUGUGUUGCACAAGUUUGGGUCUCCAUUGACUCCCCUCAUAUGGGAGAUGUAUACUUUUAUGGUUGUAGUGAAAGGAAAAUCCCAAGAAGAUUUUAUUUGAGGCGAUAUUAAUUAUCAGAGUCGUCAGCAUAUUCAUCAUGUAGCAACAGCCGUGCUAGAGAAUUACAACUAAACCUGGUAUUAAGCAUGUUAGUAGUUGCAAAUAGCUACCUGGAAUGGUUGUGAGGUUCCUACAUUUAAUCCAACAAGUUUCUGAUUAAUUUGACAAAAGCCUAACUUUUCUUACAUGAUACCUGGAUUUGGAUAAAACCCUCACGAAAUGUGAACGGUGUUUAUGAGCUAUCAAAAACAAAAAAAACUAAAGCAGUUAGAUCUGUCAGACUGCUAUAAAACAAACUUUCAUAAACAGAUGGUUGACAUGCAACCAUUUGCUGACACAUUUGCACAGUCAACCAAUGUUGUAGCACAAACUGCAUUAAAAAACCCACAAUUGCAUUUUUUAUUUUAAACAUUUAAGUUAAUUUAUUUCCUUAGGUAAAGUCACUGGGACUCAGAGUGAUGAAUUAGAAGUGUUCAUUUCUGUUCAACCCGAUUUUACACAUGUGGGUCCUCUAAAAGUUCUGUUCAUGUACAGAAUAGAACAUGGACUCCUUAAACUACUGCAUCAACUCUGAUGAAGUGUUGAGGAAGAUCAAUUCUGCUUUAAAAAUGACCAUCGGGUCACCUGCACGGCGUCCCUUGUCUUCCUGUUUCCAAGAGGCAAUAACAUUACCAUUCUGUUCCCUUUGGCUCAAGCUAGGGAAAAUUAAUUGUUUCAUUGUUGGAACAUUUUGGGUUCAAUUCCAGCUUCCUCCCCUGACCUAUAUUGAUAAAAACAUUUAUUCCUCCAUCAUGACUGACAGCUAAAAAAUAUAUUAAAAGGGGAAAUCUUGGUUUAUGUGAUAAUCAAAUUCUGAAAUGUUUGUAUUACACCUGCUGUAUUAUAUCCCUUUUUGAAGUGUUUCGUUUUUUUCCCUAAAAUUAGAGGGAAGUUUUGACAGACAAAAUGACCACUAAAAUAUAUUCAGCUAGUUUUAUCAGAUCUGAAUUUUGACAUUAUUAUGUGAAAAUGUAUUUUCUUACAACUUAUCGUGUGGUUUUACCGUUCAAAUAUUGAGCAGUAGGUAAAGCGUUGGUAUCUUGAAUCAGGCUGUUGUUUGGCCUUUGCAAUAAAAAAAGCUGAAAGAGUCAAAAAUGUCCUGCUAGUCCUGCAAAAAGCAGAAGUCCUCAGUUUAAAGGUCCCACUGUUUGUAGUAACCGGAAACUUGAAAGAGGCAAACCCAUUGUUACUGUUCUCUGUACUGUAAUAGCACCAGUUUGCUGAUUUUAUUGAAUUCUUAUAUGUAGAAAUGUCUGUUUAGUUUUCCCUCUUUGCAUCAAAUGAAUAUGUUGCUCAUUUGUGACUUGAGAGAAGAGUUUUGCACAAUUUCUGAAUCUUUUAUUUUCUCUUGAGUCUUUGAAACAGUGAACAUAUUGAAAUCAUGUAUCUGAUUUUAAUCUUUAGAUGAUGUGCCAGCCCAAUAGAGCUCAAUUAUGUUUUUGAUGUUUAACUUCUCUGCUAUUUUUGAAGCUGCAAUGAAUUAAAAACUGCGAGACAAUGAAACCCAGGCACCAAAUACUCCUGCACUGAUGUUGAAAGGAGGGUGUAAUAGGGUUACUACACACACACACACACACACAUAUAUAUAUCUCACCAAUGAUAUUUUCUGAUCUAAACAUGUUAACACAUGUUUGUAAUGAAUGUAGUUAUGAUUGAAUGUAUUAUGAGAUGUUUGGUAUUUUUCUGUGGGAAUAGAGUUUCUCUUUUGUUUACCGCUUUCAUUGAAUUACUUUCACAGUGUUUCUUGAGUUGCACAAUUUUUUUUGCUGAACCCAAUCCAUUGUUAGUGACAUUAUUGUGCUGUAUUUAGUGUCCUUUUAUUCAUGCUUCAAACAAGCUGCUCUCUUUGAACUGCAUCAGUCUGUGGGACGAGGUACCUUGAAUUUUUCAAAGCUUAUCCCACAGUCUAUAUUAUCUCUAGUUUCAUUGAUUAGAGAUAAUAAAAUGAAUUUUCAUCGA